UACCAACAAUAAGAGGAGGAGAAGUGAGUUUCUGUCGGGACUGGACGCUAUGACUGCGGACAGAGAGGAGCAGGAGGAUGAACUGCUCGCUCUCCACAGUAUCUUUGACUCGGAUGAAUUCUUCCGGGAUGAGACGAAGUUUGCCGGAGAAAUCCGAGUGUGUGUCGAGCUGACAGCAGGCUUCACAGUGGUUCUUAAAGAAGGUGAAACACUGAGACAGUAUGAGAUAUCAUACCUUCCUCCUCUUCUGACCUUUGAGCUCCCUGAGGACUACCCGUCCUCCUCCCCUCCCUCUUUCACCCUCACCUGCAGCUGGCUGACACACACACAGCUUUGUGCAUUGACUGAUCAGCUCAAUGAUCUCUAUAAGGCCACUGGGGGCGCUGUGGUGCUCUUCACCUGGAUACAGUUUCUUAAAGAGGAUGCACUCAAGUUCCUGGACGUCCACUCUCUGCUGGAGCUUCCAUCACACGAGCAAAGCAUCGCACAGGACCUCUCUGCAACAUCCUCCAGAGCUGAGCGUCCAACAGGGAACUUUGCUGAAAGUCUAAAUCCUUCAACAUUAGACAAGAGCAGCAAAGAUUGUCAGGUAGCUGAGGAAUCAGGACAAAAUAACUCAACAUCACACCUCAGCAAAGUCAGCCAGACUGAUCUAAACUCAGACUCUAAUGAGGAGCCUCUGAUCCAAAACACUUUAACUGAUUCUGAUAAAGAUUCCUCUGAUGACAGGGAGGCUGACCAGACAUCUGAAAACUCAGAAUUUAAGUCGGUCUCAGAGCAUCUUCCAUUUGCUCAGUCUGAUCAAAGUGACCAGGAAGACAUCUUCACUGAAGGCGAUUCUUCAGCCUCAUCAUUUCCCUCUUCUAGCUCUCCACACCCACUGGAUCAAACUGGACAAACCCCCUCUGGUCUCUCCCUGACUCCAUCACAAGCCCUCCUGUCCCAGCUCUUGAUCUACAACGCCACCCAGAAACAGAAAGAGUUUUCCACCACCGUCUUUGACUGUGAUAUCUGUUUCGUUGGCUGGCUCGGUUCAGAGUGUGUUCAGCUGCUCGAGUGUGACCACAUCUUCUGCCGGGGCUGUCUCAGCGAGUUCUGUAAGCUCCAGAUAACUGAGGGGAACGUCGAGGGUGUCACCUGUCCUAAUGCAGACUGUCCUGCAACCCCGACACCUGCACAGGUGAAGAGUUUGGUCGGGGACGAGCUGUUCAGCCGUUAUGAUCGUCUCCUGCUACAGAAGACUCUGGACUCCAUGUCUGAUGUGGUGUACUGUCCUCGGCGUACCUGCGCUGCAGCCGUCAUUCUGGAGAAGUCCAGCAGGGCGGCGAUGUGCUCAGUUUGCAGCUUUGCCUUCUGUGUCGCCUGCAGAAAGACCUAUCAUGGAACAGACUACUGCGGGCCCAAGAAGAACACACAGAAACAGAUUAAAGAACCACAGCAGCUUAAAUCACGCCUGCCACAGUCACAAGAAGGGAUCCAGGCUUUAAGGGAAGACUAUGCCACUGGCAGUAAGCGGAGGAAGCGGCUCCUGGAGAGCAGGUACGGCCGCAGUGGUUUGCUCUACACUUUGGAGGAGCGUCUGAGUGAGGACUGGCUCACUGUCAACAGCAAACACUGUCCACACUGCUUCUGCAGGAUAGAGAAAAACGGUGGUUGUAACAUGAUGAUUUGCACAAAGUGCAGACAGAGGUUCUGCUGGGCCUGCCUCACCAGACUGCAGACAGCUGGUGCACUACAUACACAUCAAUGCCAGUCACCACUGUUUGAAGUCAUGGACCCAUACGACUAAAUAUUGUCCUUCUGCUA